AUGCGGAGCAGCGGGGCUCUGCGGGCGCACGUCGCCUCCGUCCUGGAGGCUCUGUCCCUCGCGGCCGCGGCGGAGAUCGCGGAGCUGCUGGAGGACGAGCUGCUGCUGCUGCGGGUGGAGACGAGCCAGCGGGACCGGGAGAUCCACGAACUGAAGGGCAACAUCCGGCUGCUGCACGGCGAGCUGAGGGCGGCCCGGGGUCCGGGGAGCCGGGGAGAGGAGGUCCGGGGCCCGGGGAGCCGGGGAGAGGAGGUCCGGGGCCCGGGGAGCCGGGGAGAGGAGGUCCGGGGCCCGGGGAGCCGGGGAGAAGAGGUCCGGUGCCCGGGGAGCCGGGGAGAAGAGGUCCGGGGGACGGACGGCGGUCGCGGCUCCACCGGGGGCGAGAGGAUCUCACACGAACACGUUCACGCCGCCCAGGACACCAGCUGCUCGGCCCAACCCGACCCCGUGCAACCGGGAGGUGAAGAGGUCAGAGGUCAGGCUGAGUGGCCGGGAGAAGAGCUGACUCCGUGCGACAGGAACAACCGACAAUGGAGGUCGACAACUGACCAGGAGACGGCACAAAACGACUUUGCUCAUCUGAACGUCUCCCUGUCGAGUCUCCCAGGACCCCCCCUGGACUCAGGCUCGGGGGGGUUCAAGCAGAGCCCGGCCAGCCGCGAGCUGCUGCCGCCGGGCUACCGUCCGAGUCGCAACGCGCCGCGGAGGAGGACGACGACGGGGAAGAGGCUGAAGUUCGAGAUGGGCUACAUCUGCCCGUACUGCGGCAAGUGCUUUGAGCGCGGCGGCCACCUGGAGCGACACAAGAGGAUCCACACCGGGGAGAAGCCGUAUCACUGUGAGACCUGCGGGAGGCGCUUCAACCAGAAGUGCAGCCUGAAGGAGCACACCAAGAUUCACAGGAGAGGUAUUCAGGCCGCUCCGGUGGACGUCCCGGUGGUUGAGGAGAAGCAGAUUCCUGAGGUGAAGCCAUUUGCCGACCCUCCUCUCCCCGAGGAGAAGAGCCGGACCACCGCUGACGAGGUUCUACCUAAGAACGAGGAGGUUCUCCUUCCACCUGUAGAAGUCAAAUCUGAGCUCAUAGAGGAGGAAAUAACACAACCACAGAUUCAGGGAGGGAACGAGCCUCAGAGGGAAAACCCCGGUGAGAACUUCUCAGCGUUGGAGAGGGACGGCCGGCAGUGGAGGUCGGCGCCACAAGGACAGAGCAGCACAGACAUGAGCGGGAUGGAAUAUCUCAGCAGCUCGGCACAGACUCUGUCGUCCUUCCCCGGGAUCGCUCGGCUACUCCCGGCACCGGGCGAAGCUUCUUGUAGCUCCUUCUCGUUCCCAGGGAAACCGCACGGCCAGCUGGUCUCCCCAACGCCGUACGGAUCGUCAGACACGCUGCUCGUCUCCAGCGAUCCAGGUUCACACGGCGGGUCGGAGGCGGAGCUGAAUCCCCAGCAGCAGCAGCAGCAGCAGCAGGAUGGGAGGAGCCGGUAUUUUCAGAUUAUCAAGCCCAAGAAGAGCUACACCUGCAUGUUCUGUGGGAAGAUCUUCAAACGGGCCGGCCACCUCGAGACACAUCUACGGAUUCACACCGGGGAGAAACCGUACGGCUGCCAUAUCUGUGGGAGGUGCUUCACUCAGAAAAGCAGCUUGAAGGUCCACAUGAAGACACACAGAGUUGGGGAGAACCCAGACCUGCUGGAGGCUCAUCACCUGAUGUUUACGAUCCCGGAGAACCACUCCCUGGAGAACGUGGCGCAGCUGAAGCCUGAUCUGGUGACGUUCGAGGACCAGCUGGCGAGCAGGGCGGAGCUCGCUGACCACACGGUGACGGUGAAGCUAGAGUCCAACGGGGGGGAUUUUCCCAUUCUGAGUCAGGAGCGGCCCGACGGCGGCACAGUGGCGCUGGACCAGAGCGAGCUGUGGACUUCUGGGACGGAGCAGAGCCGAGAGGCCACGGUACAAACCGACUGCGUGAUACAGUCACAUGACAUCAAGUGUGAGCUCAGUCCCGCCACAGCCACUGUGCCGCCGGGAUGCACGUGUGCGUCGCCGAUCAAGGAUCUGCCUUUUCUGAACGACAAGGAAAACGUACACAUGAUGCACCUGGACUUCCUGGCGUCCGAGCUGCAGGAUCAGCACGCUGCCCGAGAGGUGAACAAUCGCGUCUCAGCGAGCGUCGGGACCGGAGAGGGAGCCGGGUUUGAAAUAGAUAUGACGUCGCUAGGCAACCACGAGUACCACGAGGACAGCUGCGAUGGCGCCAGAGGAAACUGCUUCAUAUGCUCGAGCUGUGGGCAGAGCUUCGAUACUUUCAUCUUAUUCCAGCAUCACCCGUGUAAAAACAUCAGUGACAUCACGCAGCUCUCCUCCGUCAUGGAGGUGCUGCUGCAGGCGGCCGUGGCGGACAUCUCCAAGCUGGUGGAGGACAAGUGCGGGUUCCUGCACCUGGAGAUGUCCCGGAAGCAGAGCGAGGUGGAGAUGCUGAAGAGGAAGCUGCAGACGAUGGAGAAGAAGAACUCGCAGCUGCAGCGAGGCUUCGAGAUGGAAGAUGCCGCUGUUUCCUUCACGAUUAAAGAAGAGAGUCCAGAUGAGCCGCUGUGGAUCAGUGACACCGCUGGACCCAUGGGUGGUUCUGUUCUCUACUCCCACCCAGGUACCGCUGGGGGGGGCCAGCAGCUGGAGGAGGGCCGUCACUUAUCCCAUCCAGAGGUCGCCAGGCUAAAACCGUCCGAGUUCAGCGACUUGUACUCGGGUCAUCACGCAGGACAGAUCAGCGGCCUUCACUUCACUGUGAAGACGGAGAAGGAGGAGGAGCUAUCGGGCUUCGGUCAGGACGGGUGUCAGCACGGCGGCGGGAAGCAGAAUCAACUCGCCGCUGACUUUUCCAUCGACGAGCGAGAGAAUCAACUCUGGUCGUCGAUCAUCGAAGGCAACGACAUUGACGCUGGGUUUCCCGACUUCUCCAGCAUGGUGGAGGAGUAUUCCAGCUCGUUCCCGGAGCACUCGGACGCUGCUGUGGUUUCCAGCAGCAGCAAGUCCGCCGGCGUCCAGCAGGCGUCCUCUCAGAGGCCGUGCAACGGGGUCUACGGCGCAGAGUAUCAGAAGGACGUCCCUCAGGCGUCCGGGUUUCAGAGCCGAGCUCCGGGCGCCCUCCCACCGCCGGACCGGCAGAAGGAGCCGCUGUACUCGCAGAGGAACCCGUCUCACGCUGCUCACCUGAGGCCGCCGGACGAGCACGCCGAGCGGGACGCCACGCCCGGAGACCGACCGGCCGUGACUCACUCCCACAGCACGUUCACACCCAGCAGCUACCACAACCCCCACAAGGCGUUCUCGGCCGCGGCCCGGGGCUACGUCUGCCUCCAGUGCGGGAAGACGUUCAGCCGCCUGCACCAGUUCAAGCUGCACCAGCAGAGCCACCGGAGGAAGCGGGCGUUCUGGUGCACGGUGUGCGGCAAGAGCUUCCAGUGCUCCUCCCACCUCAGCAUCCACUACCGCACGCACACGGGCGAGAAGCCGUUCGGCUGCGGGCAGUGCGGGAAGAGGUUCACGCAGCAGAGCAGCCUGCGGGUCCACCAGCGCACGCACAGCGGCGAGCGGCCCUACAGCUGCUCGCAGUGCGGGAAGACCUUCAUCCUGAUGCACCACCUCAAACGCCACAGAAUCAUUCACACCUACAGCUGAGGGCCGGAAGGAAAGGACCUCUGAGACUAAAUCAAACUUACUCUCAUUCUCUUACCCUUGACUUUCUAUAUUAAUGCAUAUUUCCCUAUGCAAAAACCAUCUGGAUGGAUUUUAACCUUUCCUUUUUUUUUUAAAUGCUUCUUUUAUGAUUAUCAGACUUGUGAAAUUGCAUCGCAACCUCAAAACACGUCAGCUUUUUUUUCUUAGGACACUUCCAAAGCUAGCGAAUCCAAAAAAAACAAUUCAACAUAAAACCUGUAGAUUUCCUGCGUAAAAGAUGUAGAAAUUAGCUUUUAUUUAUUUCAUCUCAUACUCAUCAACUUCUCCUUUACAGCCACACGUGGGUUUUUUGCUUUCAACGCUCUCAGGUUCAUGUUCCGGGGUCAACUUUGUAUAAAAAACAACAUUAAAAAAAAGCCUGAUUAUUGUUCAACGUUUAAUUUCCCAUGAACGUUUCCCC